GGAGGGGGCACUGCGGCCUUGCUCUUUGAGGUGAAGUGUCCGCAGUUCUACUUGUCCUCCCUGUGGCCUGCAGUCGCGCUAACCCUCGUCUUUGUGGGUGCUGUAGCAAUGCCUCAGCGCUCGGAGGUGCUGGUAGCUCCUGAGAGUGGUCUUAUCAACCAGAAGAUGGCAAAGCUAACCCUUCUGGAUAAGGAGAACGAUGAAGUUGGUGCUACUAAGAAUCCGCUAAGACUCCCUUCAGGAUCUUCAAAAGUCUUCUCUGAAAGAACACAAGUUAACACUCCACUUCCUAAAAAAACCAUCAGUACAUCUCCAGCCACAUCUCACUCUGUGAGAAAGGCUCUUGGAAAUGUGAAUAGAACUAAAGGAGUCACAAGCAAGACAGAGAAGACAGGACAGAAAAAUCAGUCUUGCACUGCAAACAAAAUUACUGAAAAGACGGCUGGAUUAGAAAGCUGCAAUGCAGUGGCUGAAGAAGACUGGCCAGAAAUAGAAAAUAUGUUUCCUUCUGAUCCUCGAGACUAUGAGACUUUUGAUCUUCCUGAAGAGCACAAAAUGAGCAAUAUCAACCUAUGUGGUGUCCCCCUCAUGAUAUAUGAAAGAACAUAUGAUAAAUUUGUGAACAUGGUUCCUUCACCUGUGGAGAUUGAAGACUCAUGGGAGUCUAACUUGCUACAGGCAUCUGCUGACUUCCUUGCUACCCUGGAUGAGAUCAUUGACCUGCCACCUCCGGAUUAUGACCUUUAAUGCAUAUUCUGAAGCUUCUAUUGAGUUCAAAUUUUAUGUAGUUUAUGUUUUAAUAAAGGGUAACCUAACCUGUAUAA